GUAUGAGGGAAGAACGCUAGGGAUAGUAGACCAAUGAGUAGCGAUUCAGGGGGUCACGUGAUUCUCUCCCACCGCGACUCAGCCGUAAAGCUGCAUUUGGGGUCGCUCUCCUGUAUCUGAAGAGAACUGAGAAAAAUAUUUUUUUUUGUCCAUCAGGUGGAACAAGAGAACAAAAUGCCAGAAAAAAAUAUAUUUUGACCACUGGUGAUUUUUAUCUGAAAUGUUGUAAUCAGUAUUAUUAAUCAAUAAAGAAUGGCAUCAGCUUUAAGAAAAUUUUUUAAGCCUUCCGAACGUCAUAAAUCAGGAGAUAGGACUGGAGGUUGGCGUCGAAAAAAUAACACUAGUAAUAAGAAUGGUAUAGUAGAUUCGCCAACUCACCACAACCAUUCACGCUUCUUUGGUCCGAGCCCACGAUUAUCAAAGCGAGAUACAAACAAAGUAAGUCCUGAAGACAGCCAAAAACCGUCAUCCAAUGGAGCAUGUGGAACAGAACCCGACAAAGUUUCUUCCCCAAUUCGUUUCAAAUGCUCGAAAGCAGGAGCAGAAGGUCCAUCUUUGAAGCAUGCUCAAACAGUGAGAACGCGACGCUUGAUGAAAGAAUAUCAAGAAAUCACUAAAUUCUCUAGAAAUUUAGAGAAACCGCCUUUUGUCGUAGAACUUGUUGACGAUAACCUUUAUGAAUGGAAUGUGAAAUUGUUUCAGAUUGAUCCUGAGUCUGAUUUUUAUCACGAUAUGCAAGAAGCAGAGAUUGAGCAUGUAUUGUUAAAUAUGGUCUUCCCAGAUAAUUUCCCAUUCUCACCACCAUUUAUGCGAGUUAUCUCUCCUCAUGUUGAAAAAGGUUUUGUGAUGGAAGGUGGAGCUAUAUGUAUGGAACUUUUAACUCCAAGAGGAUGGGCAAGUGCUUAUACAAUAGAAGCAGUCGUGAUGCAGUUUGCUGCCAGUUUGGUUAAAGGUCAAGGUCGGAUAGCUCGAAAGUGCAAAAAUGGAAAAGAAUUCAGUAAAAAGUCCGCAGAGGCAUCUUUCAGAAGUUUGGUCAAAACCCAUGACAAGUAUGGAUGGGUUACUCCACCUUUGGCAGAUGGUUAGGUCACUCAUCAUCCGAUUCCUUGUUCAUUAUUUUUAAGAAAACAUCUAAGAGACAUCGUUCGAAAGUUGUUUAUCUAUAAAGUAGAUGUAUUUAUUGUAAAUUGUUGAACUCAUCAGUGUUAAUACUUGUUAUGAUAAGUGAUAAUGAAUGUCCAUUUCUUAUAAAUACUCAAUAACUUGUGAAUUGCCAAAAUUUGUAAAGAUUUUAAUUAACAAUUCGAUGUAUUAUCAAUAUUUCCUAACAAUUUUGUUUUGUUACAAUUAUGUCGAAAAUCCUUAAUCACAAAAAUAUUUUUCCAUGCACAGUUACAUAGCUAGUAUUGAUAACAGUAUUUUAUAUUUAUUAUCAUUGAUGAUAAAUAUUUGAGAGUGAAAAAAGAAUUAAUUUUUAAAACAUAGCAUAUAUUAUUUUUGCUCUAAAGUAAGAAUAACUGAAUGAAUUCAGAAUAUUAUUAUGCGUUUGGUUAUUAUUAUUUUUUUUAUGAAGUUACAUCAAUUAGUAAAAUUAAGUAGAUGUAUUUAUAUAAAACUGGUGAAUUCAUCAGAAUUAAUGCUUAUUUUGAUAAGUGAUAUUGAAUGUACAUUUCUCAUAGAUACUCAAUAGCUUGUAAAAUGCCAAAAUUUGUAAAGAUUUUAAUGAACGAUCCAAUUGCAAUCC